UUAACACCGGUGCCAUAAGUUCAUGGUGUGGAUCGAAGUACGAGAGUAAAACAAAAAGUGACAGUAUUGUACGGAGUUUCCAGUCGUCAGCUGCCCAGUUUCUGGCUCAGGCUUCAGCUGCGAGUUGGACCAUGGAACAAAACAUGGAGCGGCUCGCACCCGCAGGCGUAGAGAAGCCCGCACACCCCGACAGCAGCAACAGUCCGCGCCAUAAUCAUCAUCAGGACCACGGGACUGUACGCACGGCCUCGUUUCUAUUCCACAAAGUUAGCCGAGAGCCAUAUCUACCUAGAUUCCCCAAGCCGCCUGCAUCAAGCAGAUUACCACGCUACAAUCCUUAUGCAUGCUGUGAUACCAGUUUCCCUGGACCAUACCAAUUCACAUUCCCGACCAAGUGAUUCUCUAUUCGCAUCACAGAGCCCAGGCUACCCAAGAAGCGAGGCAUCCUCU